AUGACCUAUUUGCCAUUCGAGAAUGGCCAUCUCAACCAUUUUACAAAUGGCAAUGGGAAUCAUAGUAAUCAUAAACAAGUAGACGAUUUAAAUGAUCGACCCAAAGUGCUAAUUUGGGGUCUACGGAAGAGUGGAAAAACAUCCAUUUUGAAAGUGAUAUUUGAGAAAAUGCCUCCCGGUAAAACAUUUCAACUUCCCGAAACACAAGUAGUUCAGAUACACGAUUUGUCAUGUGGCCAUCAUGUACGUUUUCAAGUGCGUGAUCCACCUGGAGCGAAUCAUACCACCUUAUAUCCUAUAGAAUUUGAUAAAUAUUCUAGUGAAUGUAAUGCACUCAUUUUUGUUAUUGAUGCACAUGAUGAAUAUAUAGAAGUACUUGAGCUUUUAAUAAACACCAUGCGUCAUAUGUAUGAUCGAAACAGACAAAUACGUUUUGAAGUUUUUCUACACAAGGUUGAUGGCUUGCAAGAAAAUGUAAAAAUGGAUAUUCGUCGUGAUUUACAACAACGUUUGACUGAUAUAUUAAUUGAAUAUUCAAUGGAAAACGCCUUGAUUAAUUUUUAUUUAACAAGUAUUUAUGAUCAUUCAAUUCAUGAAGCAUUUAGUAAAGUUAUUCAAAAUCAAAUGAGACAAUUACGGGCGUUAGAAAAUAUGCUCCAGAUGAUUUGUACUAGUACACAAUUAGAUAAAAUAUUUUUAUGCGAUGUAAAUAAUAAAAUAGUUUUGGCCACAGAUAACAAACCUGUUGAACCACAAAUCUAUGAAUUGUGUUGUGAUUUAAUCGAUGUUUACGUGGAUAUAGCCAAUAUUUAUGGAUCAAAUAAUAAUAACCCGGUGUUAGAUUCAAUGUCAUUUUGUACGAUAGAAUUAAGUAUUGGUGUAGUAUUGUAUCUUAAAGAUAUCAACGAAGUGUUAGCAUUAAUAUGUUUAGUGCGAAAAGAAUCAGCCAUUAAAGAAGGUCUAAUCGAACAUAAUCUACAAUGUCUCAAAAAUACUGUAGAAAAAUUAUUUGUUCAUGAUCGACUUGUACAGAUGGAUGAUUUAAAUAUACAUAAUGUUGAAUAA